UCUCCCUCUCUCUCUCUCUAUCUUUCUAUCUUUCUCUCUCUCCCUCUCUCUCUCUCUCUCGUAUACAAAAUUUUCUAAUCGUGCGUGCGCGGUAGUGCGUGCGGUGCGUGCGGUGCAGCGCGUGCGGUGCGUUGCGUUGCGUUGCGGUACGGUGCGUUGCGGUGCGUUGCGGUGCGGUGCGGUGCGGUGCGGUGCGUGGCGCGCGCGCGCGCGCGUGUGCUCGAACGUGAAACGUGAGAAGCUCCCGUUGCGUUUCUAAUUUCUCUGUCUCUAUUUCUCUUCGUUCAGAGAGGGAAAGAGUGAGAGAGCGAGAGAGAUGAAUUAAUCGUUGCAAUUGAAAAAAAAAAUAAUGUGUGAUAUGUGAGGUGUUAUUAAGUUUUACUAUUUCUACUAAUCUACUUUAUCUGCCUAUCUAUUUGUCUACAUAUUAUCUUGAUUUUUAACGAUUUGCAUUGUAUCCUUUGUGAAGAAGAUAGAAAAAAAAAACAACAAAAUCGUGUUACUUUUGGUGGACAUUUAUAUUACUCUUUUGACAACGAGAUGUUUCGUGGGAUUUGGAUACGAUGGCCAUUGCUAUCAACAUUUUUAUUGGGCUCCAAUAUAUUAUUGGUAGUUGCCCAAUGCGGAUCGUCUAUACAAGAUAGACAAGAAAGGCAGGAUAGGCAAGACAAAUUAGCAUUGUAUAAGAUCACUCUGAGAACUUAUUGGUCGAGAGCACGAUUUCCACGACAUUAUCCUGAAUGGAAGCCACCGGCACAAUUCGGCAAACUUAUUGGUCGAACGCACGAUUCUACGUACACCCUUUACAGAUUGGGCGAAAGACUUUCAACAGGGGCGAGAUUGUACGUUGAAACUGGAAGGGCUGACGGUUUGGAUGCCGGGGGUGAAUCACAAAAUACCCUUCACUCUUUCACGGGGCCACCAAUACCACAGGGCGAGGGUACAAGCAUUGCAAGAGCCUUUCUCGAUGGGAACCAUACUUUAAUAAGCAUCAUGGCAAGAAUCAAUCCGAGUCCCGAUUGGUUCGUUGGGGUUGAUUCAUUUCAACUUUGCGUUGAAGGCAAUUGGGUUGACACUGUCACCGUUGAGCUCGACCCUUUGGACGGUGGUACGGACAACGGGUUCACAUUUACGGCUGCCAACUGGCCUACGCAACCUCAAGGAAUCGCGUACAGAAUCACAUCCCGUUACCCGGCACAUCCCGCGGGAAGUUUCUAUUAUCCAAACUUACCUCGACUACCACCUAUAGCAACUCUUACUUUCACCAAGUUGCGGGAAUACACUCUGACGGAAACCUAUCACGAAGACGACGUCGAGGUCGAGUUCGUAAGCAAUGACAAUCUACAAUCGAGCAAUCCAACCCCAAGAGGAAUCGAUCCUAACAGAGACCUAAACGAGGCCAUAGCAGAGGAACGAAGGGAAAUGGACACUCAGAGAUACAGAUAUUGGACGACAACAAGUAACGGACAACAACAAUCAGUAACCGAUAUUCCUCGUGAUGGUAAAGCUGCAAUAAUCAAUAGCAUUGCAUCAUCCUAUGCAUUGCAAAGACCAAGAUUGAAUGCAACACCGACUCCUAGAACUAUCGGAAAAUUGAUUGACCAAAAUAAUAAAUACAACACCGAUGGAAAAUCGAAUUGGCCUUAUUAUCAAAUGUAUAGGCACUCUGUGGAAGCGCAAAAAGCUGAAAUUUUCAAAGACAUUCAAAGAAAAAUGGCGAACACGACGGGUUUAUCGAAAUUUGGCCAGUCAUGGAUUAACAACAACGGCACGGAUAUAUCCCAACAACAACGUCAGCAUAAACUUAGAAUGAAACAUCAUAGAUUAAUGACUAAGGGGAAACAUCUAAGAACGCGUCCACCAAGGGAUUGCAAAGUUAGCGAAUGGGGUCCAUGGAGUGCAUGCAGUCGUAGUUGCGGUGUUGGGGAAACACAGAGAACAAGAAAAGUGACGAUAAAAUCACGCCGUGGUGGAGCUGCUUGUCCGCCAUUAAAAGAAACAAAAUGGUGUGGCAGCGUUAGUCCUUGUCCAGAAAACAACAAGUCUAAUCUCGAAACGUUUCAUUGGUAGUUCGUCGUAUUUUGAAGUAAUUAACAAUCCAACCAAACAAUUCUACUUUUGGUCCUAAUUUUACGAAUUGGACCUAAGAGUAAACAAAAGAAACAAACAAACAAAUACACACACACAUACACACAGAGACACGAUAAUGGCCAUAUUAUUAUCGAGAGAUUAAUUCAAUAAUAUUUAAUAUUAUCUUCUCGAUUAAUAAGGAUUUUUUUUUGGAAGGUGAUAAAAUACAUGCCAUCUGUAAAAAGAAAAAAAGAAAGGAAAGGAAAGAAAAGGAAAGGAAAGAAAAAUAAAAUGUGAGAAUUUAUAUCCUUUUCUCGCUCUCUUGGUAGUGUCAUUUGUGUUCGUGAGGAACACACGCACACACACACACACGCGUCGUAUAUAUAUAUGUAUAAGUAUAAAAUUACUAUCAAUCGUUCGGAACGCGGCAAUAAUCAUCUAUUGAACAAACGUAGUCCUAAUUAAAUCACCAAAGAUUCAUCAUACUUGAAACAUAUAUAUUAUUAUUAUUAUUAUUAUUAUUAUUUUAAUCGCAGUUGGUAAUUGUCGUUGUUACCUAACGAUUGUAUACGUUUCAUUAUUAUUAGAAUUAUUUUUGUUCUAGGCACGUGAAUGAAAAAAAAUUCAUUUAUAUUUUAUAUUAUGUUAAAAAUUAUAUUAUUUUCGCAUUGAGAGAUACAUACGAUACGUAUGUAUAUAUGUGUGUAUGUAUAUUUGUUUGAAAGUAAUAUCGAUGCUAUUGUAACGAAAAAACCGAUCGAUUCAUCUGGAUUGAAUAUUUUUUUCUUCUUCUUUUCUUUUUUUUCAGAAAUACACACACACGAUAUGAAGAUCCUUAAAAAAACGGCAAACUAUAAAUGAAGUCAAUAUAAUAAUAGUUUAUAAUAGUUUUUAACGAGAACAAUAGGAACAACAUACGAACACACAAUUUUUCGUAUUUUUCUUAUGAAAUGAAUUGAGAAAUGUUUUAAAUAUUUUCUUAAAAAUGAUACGACUGUGUUAUUAUAUAACAAGUUUUUUAUAUUUUUAUUCAUUAAAAAAUAUCCUUACGACGACAACAAAAAGAAUAGAAAAAGAAACGUUUGAAAAAAUUCAGCUGAAAACUCGUCAACUUCGACAAUUUCUAGUCAAUGAUUUAACCAAAGAAUAAAAAUCGAAUUAAUCGUUAAUCCCCCCGACCCCUAUCUUGUCUCGUAUGUAAUUAUAACACUGUUUAAAGAUAACAAAAAUUAAAAAAAAAUAUACAAUAAAAUAAAAUAGAAUAAAAAAAGAACAAAUAGAAUUGCCAUAGUCCUUGCGUUUAGCGUCAAAAUUAAAAUUAAUAAUAAUAAUAAUAAUAACAAUGAUGACGAUAAUUAAUAAACACGAUGAUAAUAAAAAAAAAAGAAAAACUUUAGGAGGAAAGAGAGAAAAAAUAUGAGAAAACAAUACAAAAAAGAAACCCCCCCCCCCAUGCAGAACUAGACGUUUUUUAUAGAGACACGCAGUAAAAAAAAAAGAAAAAUAAGAUUUUCCAAAAAGUGUGUUCAUAUGAUGUGUUAUAUUGGUAGUAGUAUCGACAAAAAAA